CUCCACUCCUCUUCUGUUAUUCGUACUUUUUGCUAACUAUUCGUAUCGACUGAGACCAGUUUCCACGAGGAACAAAAACACACCAAGCAGUCAACUUCCACCCACUCAUCCCGCCAUGGAAGCCAUGGAUGCAUCACACCAGCCCAACACAACAACGACUGCUGUGUUUGCAGCACCGCUGCCUGUCCAGCAGCCGACGCCGCGACGAACUGGCCGCCCAACUACUGCGAGUACGUUGGCGGCGGCAGCGUCGUCCUCGGCCUCGGCUCCAGCCAGCCCUGCUUCCAGCGGCGCUCCAGCUGGCAAUCUAGCUGGGAUUGUCACGUCGCUUGUGACAGCUCCAAGGCCACCACGGGCAGUGCGCUCGCGUGUCGGCACCUCGUACGGCCACGCGCCAGCGAUCCCGCCGCCCAAUUGCACGUAUGGCGCAACAACGGCCUCCGCCGGUGCUUCGACCUCAAGUAGCUCUAUGCUCGGCGGUGUUCUUGGAUCCGGCGCGAUUGGCUCCACAAGCUCCGGAGGCGCUGGAUCGAGCUCCAACCCGACUCCGCACAUCUCAGUCCGGACGUUUCUCAAUUCCUACAGUGCUCUGAUUGGUGGUGCGGUGGAGUCAAGAGUUACGCUCAAGUCCCAGGUUUCAGCUGAGCGAUUGGCCGAAAUAGCCUCGGCUUGCAGCAUGAGCCUUCUUAAGAAUCCCGAGUUGCCUGCAGUCCGAGACAUGUUUGACGCGACCGAAAUCCCAAGCGAUAUGCAGUGCACGACACUAAGAGAGUCCCUAGCCGUGCCGCGACUUUCAAAAGAGAACAACUACUAUAUGCCUCCAAAGCGCGAAGAGACAGAUACACAACCAGAACUCAUCACACGACCAGAAGCAGUCCUGUCCAUUUCAAUGUACCACGGAGGGCGGGCAGCUCGCAUGUCGGAGUUUGUGGUGUUAGGCAGCCAGCGCCUAACCGCACUCAGAGACAAGCUGUAUUGCCCUUCUGACGUUGUGGGCGGAGGCCAAACUCGACCUUCGUCGUACUUUUUCAUCGAGGGGGUCUUUUUCAAUGACAUGCGGGAUCCAGCCGCCGUUGAUUAUUCAAGAUCGGUGCUGGACUGGAUUAACGAACCGGGCAAGAUGCGCGCGACACAUACGGGACUAGGAAACUUUGCGGCCGCCUCAAUGCACGAUGUCCGAUUUGAAGAUUUGACCAUCCGACUUGGCCAGCCCUACCUCUACUGCCACCAGGGAGACUGCGAGCACGUCAUCACGGUGCGCGAUAUGCGCAUCAUCCAUCUUCCCACAGACGGGUCUGACGCUCGGCUCUUUCCCAAGCAAACCUUCCAAUCGCGCGUCAAAACGCGCAAGUGCCUGGUGUGCGACAUUCUUCCCGCCAAACUCGCCACCUACAACGACCGGCUCGCCCUCGAGACGCCCUGUUACUUUUGCGACGUGUGCUACGACCUUCUCCACAAGGAUGAGAGUGGUCGAGUUAUGUACGAGCACACCGUGAGCGAGUAUUUCCACGAGCUGGCGUGAUGUGAGCCGGGUUUUUUUUGUGAUUUGUUAGCAAAGUAUUCUUAUUGAGCAUCCAUUGCGGAAUUUUUU